AUGCUGACACAUAUCAUUCGUGUAGGCGACACAUUCGCUCUUUUAAGUGAAAAAUAUAAAUGUUCAAUAACAUCUAUAGUGUCUUACAAUCCUGGUAUGGAACCUGAAACAUUACAAAUAGGUGAUACACUGUACAUUCCUGAAGACAAGGAUAAGUUCAUUACAAUUUUUUGUUUAUGUAUGCAAUUUGCAAUCACUUGGAUUAUUAACCCAUCAGCAUCAACAUUUCGUCUAUUAUUUUCGCCAUCAAUUUCGAAACACAAAAUUAAAGAAAAUGAAACAUUUUCGAGUUUAUGUCAAUUAUAUGGAUGUAAACUUGAAGAUCUGGAAACUGCUAAUUCUACAAUUACACCAACACAGUUGCAAAUUGGUCAAAUGGUGAAUCUGCCUAGAAGAAGAAAUAAAAGUCUAUUCUUUUCCUAUUUUUGCUAUUUUGUUCGUUUUCUAUUGUCUUUGGUUGCUCAACCACCAAUAUUGACAUUGGAUGCAUCUUCAACAGAUCAAAUUCAAUUAGGUGAGACUUGUUUUUAUUUUAAUCUUUUGAAGACAUCAAAUAUGUAUUUUCCAUUUUCAAUGCAUUAA